CACAGUGGAUGUUUUCUAAAUGGUAAAAUGUGACAGUAAUUUGUCCGCUGACCAAUCAAACUAGCAAGCAACUCAAACAAUGCCUUUUGUGAAAGCUUUUGGUGAUCAGCUGAGCGAAAAAGAAAGCCCGCCCUUUUUUUUCUUUCUUUCUUUACAAUGCGAAUUCUACUCUACAUUGCAACCUUCAUUAGUCUGGUUUUUGCUUCGAGCGACUACUUUGAUAUUUUGGAUAGUGAGUUUGAGCAGACAGUAAAGGGAAAGACUCGAACGUUUUACAUUACUGCGGAAGAAGAGAUUUGGGAUUAUGCCAGUCAAAGUGCUUCUGCAGCCAACGUGCCAGAUAAGCAUAUUAUUGGUACAAGGUACUACAAGGCCCUUUAUCAUGAAUACGAUGCUAGCUUUCGAGAGAGAAAAGCACGAUUUCAUUGGCAAGGAAAUAUGGGUCCUAUAUUAAGAGCACAAGUGGGUGACACCAUCCAAAUUCAUUUCUGGAAUCGGGCCAAACAAAAUUAUACAAUGCAUCCACAUGGAGUAUUUUACCAAUUUGAAAUGGAAGGUGCCAUAUUCAAAGGUUCUUAUGAAAGUGCAGUUGUGCUUCCAAAUCACAACUAUACAUAUACAUGGCAGGUCUUACCGAGAGCAGGACCAGGACCUGCAGACGGUGACUCGAUAGCGUGGGGGUAUCAUUCUCAUGUGAAAGAAACCGAUUUAUAUGCUGGGUUGUAUGGUGCUAUCGUUAUUUACAAGCCUGGUAAAUUGUCGCACGAUGAUAUCGUGACAUCUGUAUUUGUGGCGGAUGAAAACUUGUCGCCUUAUUUGAGUCGUACAAUGUCAAGCUUAUACCCGCAAUUUGACCACAACAAAUUUGACAAGAACCAGGUAUACGGAGCCAAUCAGUUUGAUACAAUCAACGGGCUGGUAAGAUCCAACCCCAGUGAUUUAAGGAUUAAGGGCGAAGUGGAUUGGCAUUUGCUUGGAUGGGGAACCUAUUGGGAUGUGCAGUACAUACGAUGGGAACAUGGACAAGUAUGGUGGGGGGAGCCUGUGACAGAGAUGCGAUUAAUGCCUGCCUCUUUCUAUACGGUGACAGUUCAAGUUGACACACCAGGCACCUAUGAUUUUGGGUCAUCUUCCAUGAAUAUGGAAUACACUGUUCUCGAGUAAAGUAGGCGCUAAACUUAUUAAACUCGUACCCUUGCGCGAGACCGGUUUUUUUUAUAUCAUUCAGAACGGUUGCUUUUACGAAAAUUUUAUACCCCUUGACCAAGACAUAAAUCAUACUUUUUAAAAAAACGAAUAGCACAAAGCCGAAAACGAUUGAUCCUUCAUGUCUAGAAAUUUUUGCCUUUUUGAAAUAAGAGAAAUGGCACAAUAAAGUAUCUUGUUGAUUUUUUUAAAAAAAAAAACUCAUUUUCAAGCCAUCGAUAGGAAUAGCAAGGAAAGUAGUAGAGAACACCUGGGUUGGAUUUAUAAAUGGGGAAAAACUAACGCAUAUUUCAUAUUA